UACCACUUGAGAGUUCCUAAUAUAGACCCGACUGCUUUGUAGGAAAGGGUAACAAACCAAACGGAGACGCCAGCGGUCUGAGAUUGCUGCUUUGGGAAGCAACGUUUUCAUGGACACACAACAGAAUAAUGGAGCGUCUCUCACAGGUGUCAUUCCCAAGAAAGAAACAGGAAAUACAGAAACAAGAGGCUGAUGACACAGUCUACAUGAAUUUUAUGAAAAGCCACUGCUGCUACGACGCCAUUCCAACCAGCUGUAAACUGGUCAUAUUCGAUACCACACUCAAAGUGGAAAAGGCCUUUUUUGCACUGGUGGUAAAUGGCUUGAGAGCUGCGCCUUUAUGGGACAGCAAGUUACAGAGAUUUGUGGGUAUGCUGACUAUUACAGAUUUCAUCAACAUCCUGCAUUGCUAUUACAAGUCCCCCUUGGUUCAAAUGUAUGAGCUGGAGAGCCACAAGAUCGAGACAUGGAGAGGUGAUUCAUUUGAAAAUGUCUACUUGCAGUCUACCAACCACUUCCUCAUUAGUAUUACUCCAGACGCGAGCCUCUUUGAUGCCAUCUAUUCCUUACUUAAACACAAGAUCCACAGACUUCCAGUCAUCGAUCCAGAGUCUGGAAACGUCUUACACAUUCUGACCCACAAAAGAAUCCUCAAGUUCCUCCAUAUAUUUGGGAAGAAAGUUCCCAAGCCUGCGUUUAUUGGGAAGCAGAUCCAGGAGCUCGGGAUUGGAACUUUCAGGAACAUCGCCACUAUUCAGCAAACGGCGACACUUUACGAAGCCCUCUCCAUUUUUGUGGAAAGGCGGGUGUCUGCGCUACCUGUGGUGGACGAACAAGGCAAAGUGGUGUCACUCUACUCAAGAUUUGAUGUGAUUAAUCUAGCAGCCCAGAAGACUUACAACAAUCUGGACAUGACUAUGAUGGAGGCCGUUAGCAGGCGCACGUGUUUCGUUGAGGGAGUGAUCAAGUGCUAUCCUCAUGAAACCUUGGAAACCAUCAUAGACCGUAUUGUCAGAGCUGAGGUCCAUCGGCUGGUCCUGGUGGACAGGGCUGACGUGGUGAAAGGCAUCAUCUCUCUGUCUGACCUUCUGCAGGCCAUGGUCUUAUCCCCUGCAGGUAUUGACGCCCUUUUGUCCUAGCACCAGGGGACAGAGGCUCCCCUUCACUCCUAUACCACCUGUGUAGGCUUGAGUCCUGGUCGUGGACCCAGCCAGGUAGGCCCUGGUGCCUCUUUUCAACCCCCAAACCUCCCCCACCCUGUUGUCCGGUUACCAGCACCCAGAGGCCUUAACCCCUGCACAUGUCAUCUUUUCCUUUCACAUUUGCUCCACUGUUACAUGCAAAUGACCAAUGAUGAGUUUGCUGCUUGGCUCAAGAGAUCUUCCAUAUUUUUGUUGGAUGCCCGUGCUAGUCGCUGAGUAGUUUUUUGCUUCUGUC